AUGGGUUGGAAAGAAAUUGGUGGAUUCUGUGAAGAGGAUAUUUUAACUGCAGCCGAUGAAACUGUUGAUUUAUUGUCCAAAGGUUCCCUUUUUGAUCAAUACUUACCAGCAGCCAUUUAUGGUGACUGGUAUCAUAAUGCCGGUUAUUUGGUUGUUGCUGGGUUGCUUUCUUGGAUCAUUGGAUGGUUUAGAUUCUCUGUCGCUCCUUUGUUCUUUAUCAUGGUUAUUUUCUCUCUUUUGUAUCGUGCCUCAGUUAAGAAAUACAGAGGUGUUUUAAGAGAAACAGCUCAACGUGAGUUUUCUGUUAAAUCAAUUGAAACUGAUUAUGAAACAAUGGACUGGUGCAAUUAUUUCUUGGAACAAUUCUGGUAUUUCUUGGAACCUUCUAUUUCACAAAUUGCUUGUGAACAAGUCAAUCCAAUUUUGGCCAGCUCUCCAGCUCCUGCUUUUGUCAAAGCAUUGUGGCUCGAUAGUUUUACUUUGGGUACUAAACCACCACGUAUUGAUGCUGUCAAGACUUUAACUGGUACUGCUGCUGAUGUUGUUGUUAUGGAUUGGGGAUUUUCAUUCACUCCAAAUGCAUUGGUUGAUGCUAAUGCUAAACAAUUGAAAAAUCGUGUUAAUGAAAGAAUUGUUGUUAAAGCUAAUGUUUUUGGUGUAACUAUUCCAGUUGCUGUUGAUGAUGUUUCAUUCAAGGGCACUGCAAGAGUCAGAUUGAGAUUAAUGACCUCAUUCCCACAUGUUGAAACUGUUAAUGUUUCAUUGUUGGAACCACCUGUUUUUGAUUUCAACACCAAGAUUUUAUCCGAAUCAUCUUGGUGGAGUGAAGUAUUGGCUUUUCCUGGUUUGUACCCAUUCAUUAACGAGAUGGUUAAGAAAUAUGUUGGUCCACUUCUUUUCUCUCCUAUUUCUUUCCAAUUGAAUGUCCAACAAUUGUUAGCUGGUAACGCCUUGGAUUCUGCCAUUGGUGUCUUGACUAUUACUGCUGAUUCUGCUAGAGGUUUGAAGGGUUUUAAAACUAUUGGUAACACUUUGGAUCCAUAUCUUACUUUUGGUUUCCAAAACAAAGUUUUGGGUAAAACUAAAGUUAUUUCCGAUACCAGUUCUCCACUGUGGAAACAAACUAUUAGUAUCCCAAUUUCUUCAUUGUCUGAACCGUUCACUAUUGCUUGUAUUGAUUUUAACGAUUUCAGAAAGGAUAGACAAGUUGGUGCUAUUCAAUUUGAUUUGGAAUCUUUGAUUGAUGAACCAAAGCAAUCCAACCUUACUGCUGCUUUCUUGAGAAACAACAAACCUGUUGGUGAAUUGUCAUUUGGUCUUCAAUUUAUGCCAACUAUUGAACCAAUUACUCAAGCUGAUGGUGCCGUUACUCCACCCCCUGAUUUGAACACUGGUAUUGCUAGAGUCCAAGUUGUUGAAGCUAGAAACUUGAAAGGUGGUGAAAAAGGUGCUUCCACUUAUGCUGAAAUCUUUUUUGAUGGCGAACCAGUAUUGAAGACUUCAGUUCAAAAGAACACCAAUAAUCCAGGUUGGGGUGCCACCACUGAACAAAUUGUUUACAAUCGUGCUAAAACCAAGGUUAAGAUUCAAAUUAAGGACAAAUCUGGUAAACGUCAAGAACAACUUGUUCAUAGUUUGAAUGAAUUGAUUGAUGCUACCCAAGUUGAACAAACUUGGUUCCCAUUAUCUCGUGGUGGUGAAGUUAGAAUCACUACUACUUGGAAACCAGUUGAAUUGGAAGGUGCCAGUGGUGCCGGUGGUUACACUCCACCAAUUGGUGCUGUCAGAGUUGGUGUCUUGCAUGGUGAAGAUUUGCGUAACUUGGAAACUAUUGGUAAAGUUGAUCCAUACGUUAGAUUGUUGGUGAAUGGUUUUGAAAGAGCCAGAACUAAUUACUAUGAUUCCACUUUGAAUCCUACCUGGAAUGAAACCCAUUAUGUUAGUGUCAGUUCUCCAAAUCAAAAAUUGACUAUUGAAGUUAUGGAUGUUGAAAGAAACUCUCCAGAUCGUACAUUGGGUUCAUUUGAUGUUAAAUUAUCCGACUUGAUUCAAAAGGAUGAAAGCGGAAACUAUAUUGAACAUGUUGAUCUGAAAUUGAGAACUGGUAAAUUGAUUCAUAAAAAGGGACCAAAAGGUACUGUCACCUAUACUUUGUCAUUCUAUCCUGCUUUGCCAGUCAUGUCUCUUCAAGAUUAUAAAGAUGAAGAAGAAGAAAAGAAGAAAAUCGCUGAAGAAAAACAAAAAUUGGCUGAAGAAGAAAAAGAAUCAGGAAAAACUGAUGAUAAAAAGGAAGAAAAGAUUGAAGACCAAGUUGAUGAAGAUGAAGAUGUUGAAGAUGAUGCUUUUGGUCACAAAUUAAGAUUAUCAUUAGAUCAAUUACUUGAAUAUCAAUCUGGUGUUUUAGUUUAUUCUGUUGAAAAAGCCAGCAUGAAAAAAGACGGUUAUUACUUACAAGUCUUUACCGGUAAUAAUGGUUUCGCUGAUUUCUCUACAAAUAAAGUUGGUGUUACUGGUGAUUCUGUUAUUACUGAAUUGGAAUAUGCAAAAACUCAAUUCAGAUUGGUUAAAAAGGCUUCUGACAAUAGACUUGCUAAAGCUAUUGCUGAGACUACUAUUCCUACUUUGCAAUUGGUUAAGAAUGGUUACAAUAAACCAAUGAAUCUUGAACUUUCUGGUGCUGGAUCUGCUACUGUUAGUAUUCAAUUCAGUUGGAUUCCAUUGGUUUACAAUUCAGGAGUUCCAAAGCUGGACUCUAUUAACAACAGUGGUAAUUUGACUGUUGGUAUUAUCAGAGCUGAAGGUUUGCCAUCUGCUGAUAGUAAUGGUAAAUCCGAUCCAUUUAUUGAAGUCUUCUUGAAUACCGACAAAGAACCAUUCACCAAGACCAAAACAAUCAAGAGAACUCUUGAUCCAGUGUGGAACCACGAAGAUACUACUGAAGUUACUAAUCUUGUUGAUUCUACCUUGAAAUUAGUUUGUUAUGAUUGGGAUAUGGCCAACAAGAAUGAUCUUCUAGGCAUUGGUUAUAUUAAAAUUGGUGAUUACGAUUUUGAAGAACAACCAGAAAUUCCUGUUAGUUUAGAAACCGAAGAAGGAGACCCAGCAGGUAUUGCUUAUAUCAAUAUGAGUUUCAAACCUGAAUUUGUUUUGAACCUUACUGUUGGAUCCUCUGCCACUGGUGUUGGUAAAGUUGGUGCUAAAGGUGUUGGUGCCGUUGGUGCCGUUGGUAAAGGUGUUGGUACUGUUGGUAAAGGACUUGGUAAAGGAUUAGAAAAAGGUAUUGGUGGAGGUCUUAAAGGGAUCAAGAAAGGUUUACAUUUUGGUAAAUCAGAUUAA